CCUCCACCUCUGUUUCCAGACCCCUCCGGCGCAGCCAUGAGGUUCAUCCUGUCGCUACCGGUCCUGGCGGUGGUUCUGGCGAUGGUUUUGGAAGGCCCGGCUCCAGCCCAGGCGGACCCAGAUAUCUCCAGCUCCCUGGAGAGCAUCCCGGGGAAGCUGAAGGAGUUUGGAAGCACCGUGGAGGAGAAGUUCCGGACAGCCAUAGACCAAAUCAAAAAGAGCGAAUUUUCGGAGAAGACCCAGAACUGGUUUUCGGAGUUGUUCCAUAAAGUAAAGGAGAAAUUUGAAACCACUUUUUGAAUGCCAGUGGGAGACCCUCUGCUCUGCCUGUGCCCAAGAGGGUGCUCUGAAAACCUUUGGUCCCUAUACCGAGGACCUCUUCUACAAUACAUGGCCAUGUCCACCCCCUACCACCAGCAAUAAAAAUCCU